AGGGCCCCGCGGUAGCCGCCAGCGCGGCACGGCCCGCAGGAGCGCCAGGCGCGAGCCCGCGGCCACUCGCUGCCUCCCGGGCACUGCGGGCGGCUUUGCGCGCCCCGGCGCGGCGUUCGGACUCGGGGCCAGCGCGGCCACCGCCGCGCACAAAGGACAGCAGACGCCGGGACUCGGGGGGCUGUGCCUAGGGACCGGCCCGGGGACCCCCGCCCGCGCCGCGUCCCCUCCACGCCUCCCCUCCCCGGGUGGCCGGAGAGCGAGCCGGAGCGGGCCCCGUCAUAUGACAGCGGCGACGCCGCAACCGGCGAGCGCGCGUGCUGCCUGCUCCGCUGCGCCACGGCCGCUGGCGCUUGGGGUGGCCCUUGCCUCGCCCCGCUGAGCGGUCGCCCGCCGCCGCCGCCCCGCGCCCGGGCUCGCCGGCUCCGGGGGAGGAGCCGACGAGAGCCCCCAGCCGGCGCCGAGCCUAAAAUGGCCACGCUGCUGCGGAAGAUCGGGCUUAUCCGCCUGCAUAACCGGGACACCGAGGACCCCAAGCACCACCACAACCACCGCGGCGGCGGCCAGCAGAGCGCGUCUCUGCGCGGCAAGGGCGGCGCUAAGAGCGGCGGGCACAAGCAACAGCAGCAGCAGCAGCCCCAGCAGCAGCAGCACCCAGGGGGCGCGGGCGACGCCAGCCCGGGGCCCGGCAAGGGCAAGGGCAAGCGCGCGGCGGAGCUGGCCCCGCGCGACAAGGCGCCGGCGGCUGCGGCAGCAGCGGCGGCGGCGGGGGCCGGGGGCCCCCGCGAGAGGGCGGCGGGCGCCAGGGCGGGGCCGGGCCCGGCGGUGGCGGCGGCGGCGGGCGGCAGCCUGGUCCCUGCGGCGCGCCAGCAGCACUGCACGCAGGUGCGCAGCCGGCGGCUCAUGAAGGAGCUGCAGGACAUCGCGCGCCUUAGCGACCGCUUCAUCUCCGUGGAGCUGGUUGACGAGAGCCUGUUCGACUGGAACGUGAAGCUGCACCAGGUGGACAAGGACUCGGUGCUGUGGCAGGACAUGAAGGAAACCAACACCGAGUUCAUUCUGCUCAAUCUCACCUUCCCCGACAACUUCCCCUUCUCGCCGCCCUUCAUGCGGGUGCUCAGCCCGCGCCUGGAGAACGGCUACGUGUUGGACGGCGGCGCCAUCUGCAUGGAGCUGCUCACGCCGCGCGGCUGGUCCAGCGCCUACACCGUGGAGGCCGUCAUGCGCCAGUUCGCAGCCAGCCUGGUCAAGGGCCAGGGACGGAUCUGUAGGAAAGCUGGCAAAUCAAAAAAGUCCUUCAGUCGCAAGGAAGCUGAAGCUACCUUUAAGAGUUUGGUGAAGACACAUGAAAAAUAUGGCUGGGUCACCCCGCCCGUGUCCGAUGGCUGAUGUCUGCCACGUGCAGUAGACGCUCGAGCGCCUGUCCACACACACACCAGUACCCUGACAUCUCCUCAACGCUGUGCAUCCUCCACCCUUUUUUACUCCAGCCAGAACUGCAUCCUGAAUGCCAAGGAGACGUUUAAGUUAUUUAUGAACAGAUGUGUUUACAGAGAGGAAGCGGGAGCAAACGCCAUUCGGAUUCUGUUUCGAUUAUAAAUGAAUGAUCACCUCGAAGUCACUUUAGAACACAUGUUGAGAUGGUGACAUUUCCCAGCCUGCCUGCCCCUCUGCCCACCCCGGUCACAUUGCCCUGAGCUUCUUUCCAUGACAGCAGCUCCGACGAGCCGGCAGGAAACUCAGUGCCCCUGCUGGCUCCAUUUCCAUGUAAAUGGCGCCGUUCAUAUUUCAUAGGGACGCCGUGCAUCGCCGCCGUGCGUCCCCAGCACGUGUUUGCUGUGCUCUGUAUCUCUGUUUUUCUUCCUGGAAAGUCAACAUAACUUGAAGAUGUGUCUUUCUGUGGCCCAUGGUCCGCUGUGAUGACAUUUAGACCUCAUUUGUGCUAUGACCUUUGGCUCAUGAAAACACAAAUUUAACAUUGCCAGGUUCUAGUGAUUUAAAACCACAACUGCCCACGUGGUGGAAAUGUGCCCUCGAUGCUGAUUUGUGGUGUGCUGCUGUCCACAGAUAAACCAGUGCCAUUAGAUGGAAGGCAGAGGACGCUGCGGCCACCCCCGGCAGACGGUGGCGUGGACACCAGAUGCGCCCUCUGGGGCUCAGAGCAACGGGUGGUCAGCUGCGAACAGUCUCGUCCGAUGUUAGGAAAUGGUCCUACGGCCACGCCUUUGUGUUCCUGUCUUCUCUCCACCACCAAAAGCAAAAGACGAUUUCCCAUUCACUGCGGUCAUCUGACUCAUUUUAUUAUCUGUGCUAGUGACAAGGAAUGUCAGAACUGCCAAAGGAUACCAAGUGAUCAUAUGAUGAUUUGCAUGACCGGGUCUCUUUCACCCAGUAGUCACUUGUGUGUCCCCCGAAACUGGGGUGGGUGAGCACCCUUGCUGUGGUGUAAACUUCCUGUUAUUUAAUCUCCCCACAAUUUCAUUUUUCUCUUCUGUUAAGUUACUUAGAACUUUCUAAGAAACUCCAUGAAAUGAGGAAAUACUGUUUCUAAUAAUAUGAGGAAAGAGGUAAAAAUGUUCAUUCCAAGUGGAAAGUCUUAUUGGACACAUUUUAAAUAAAAUCAUGCAUACCUGA